GAAGUAAGAUGAUCAGAUGAGCAAAUGGACUUGAGAUUGGUGUACAGAUCAUUGAUCGGAAUUUCCAAUUUGCAUCUUGAGAUUUAGUUAACCCGUUACUUGAAGAUUGAGUGACUAGUUUGAUGAGUUGAGGAUUAAGAUGAGAUGAAGAUUGAUGAAUUAAUUGAGGAUUUGACCAACGUUUGAUUGAAGUUUUGAUUUCUUGUAAAACUUCAUCACAUCUUUGUCUUACACUUUUGAGUCUUUUGGGAGCAUGUGGACAAAUGAUAUUAUUACGAUGAUCUAAAUAAGCAUCAGGACAUGAUAAAGGAUGAAGUCGAUCUUUAUUUGAAGAAUGACUCUUUUGAGGAUUUGAAGGUUUCUUUGAGGAUAAUGGUUUUUGAGAUGUUGAUGAUUGCGAUUGUGAAGAUGAAGACUGCUGAUGAUGAUGAAGCGGAUAAGCUGAUUUUGAUGAUAAGUUUGAAUCAGAUUGAAUUGAUUGAUGUAAGUUUCUAUCGAUCGAAGGAAAUGUGAUGAAGAGUAAGAUGAUUAAGACUAUCUUGGGUCUAUAGUAAACUGAUCGAAAGAGUUCUAGUGUCUCUGGAUUUGAAGAUGAGAAGGUGAGCAUGAUGAUGUUGAAUGUUGGAGAAUGUUCUUUUGACUUUGAAUACCAACCAACGAAGGAUGCUCAAGUCACAGCUCACUUUCAUUCAUUCUCCUCCUCACUCCCACUCUAUG